AUGGUCAACUUGAAUACUAUCCCUCCCAAAAACAACAGGGACUUCUACAUUGCAAUCGGACUUGAAGGUUCCGCUAAUAAACUAGGUGUGGGCAUAGUUAAGCAUCCGCUCCUGCCCAAGCAUGCCAACAGCGACCUAUCCUAUGAUUGUGGGGCGGAGAUGCUUUCCAAUAUCAGAGACACGUAUAUGACACCUCCUGGGGAGGGAUUUUUGCCUCGUGAUACUGCAAGACAUCACCGAAAUUGGUGCGUGAGACUCAUCAAACAAGCGAUGGCCGAAGCCGGCAUCAAAGACCCAACCUUAGACGUUGAUGUGAUCUGCUUCACCAGGGGUCCCGGGAUGGGUGCCCCCUUGCACUCGGUGGUCAUUGCCGCUAGAACAUGCUCCUUGUUAUGGGAUGUGCCUCUAGUGGGCGUAAACCACUGUAUAGGCCACAUCGAAAUGGGAAGGGAAAUCACCAAAGCACAGAAUCCUGUGGUGCUGUACGUUAGUGGGGGUAACACUCAGGUUAUCGCAUACUCUGAGAAACGGUACAGAAUCUUUGGUGAAACGCUCGACAUUGCCAUCGGCAACUGUCUUGAUAGAUUUGCGAGAACUCUGAAAAUUCCUAAUGAGCCCUCGCCCGGCUACAACAUCGAACAAUUGGCGAAAAAGGCCCCCCACAAGGACAGUCUGGUGGAACUGCCAUACACGGUGAAGGGAAUGGAUCUUUCAAUGAGUGGCAUCUUAGCUUCCGUCGAUUUGCUCGCCAAGGACCUGUUCAAGUGCAACAAGAAAAAUAAGAUCCUAUUCGACAAGAAAACGGGCGAGCAGAAGGUAACUGUGGAGGAUCUAUGCUAUUCCUUACAGGAGAACCUAUUUGCCAUGCUUGUGGAGAUUACGGAAAGAGCAAUGGCUCACGUCAACUCCAACCAGGUCCUGAUCGUAGGCGGUGUGGGUUGCAACGUGCGACUACAAGAAAUGAUGGCGCAGAUGUGUAAAGACAGAGCCAAUGGGCAGAUACAUGCUACGGAUAACAGGUUUUGUAUCGAUAACGGGGUCAUGAUUGCGCAGGCGGGGCUAUUAGAGUAUAGAAUGGGCGGUAUCGUGAAGGACUUCUCCGAAACCAUCGUUACACAGAAAUUUAGAACAGACGAAGUGUAUGCAGCCUGGCGUGACUAG